CGUCCUCCUCGUUUCGCUCACGAGAAAGAAAGCACGCGGUCCUCGCGCGAUCCCCCAUCCCGCUCCGCCUAAAGCCUCGCGGCGCCGGCAGCCCCCCGUGGACGGAUCCACCACGAACCCUGCGGCCUCUAGAUCCCUCGCCGCCGCCCCCGUCCCGUCACCGAUCGAGGAGGAAUCGCGCGCGCGGCCGAUUGAUCCGACCGAUCGGUUCUUGAUUGGAUCGAUCGGGCCGGGGCGCCCCUCGAUCCCUGGCCUCCCGCUGACUGACGGGGAGCGAGAGGGCCGGGCCAAUAUGUGGACGAAGGGGAAGAAGAGCGGGGUUUUGGCGCCGAGGGGAAUUAUAAGGAAGCGGGAGUUCCCCAUCCGCGCCGCAGACUACGAGCUGCUGGAGCCCGUCGGCGACGGCGCCACCGCCGUCGUGCGCCGCGCGCGCUGUCUGCCGCUGGGCGGCGAGGUCGUCGCCGUCAAGAUCAUGAACAUGGCGCACCGCACCGAGUCCGACGUGAACAAUGCCUCAGAGGAAGUGAAGACCAUGAUUAUGAUUAAUCAUCCAAACCUUCUUAGCGCCUACUGCUCCUUCACAGAAGGUGAAGCCCUGUGGAUCGUAAUGCCCUACAUGGCUGGAGGUUCAUGCUACCACUUGAUGAAGUCUUCGUAUCCCAAAGGAUUCGACGACGAGAACUUCAUCGCGUUCGUGCUGCGCGAAACCCUGAAAGGUUUAGAAUACCUUCACGAGAAUGGUCACAUACACCGGGAUGUAAAGGCUGGAAACAUAUUGCUUGAUCAAGAUAAAGGAGUCAAACUAUCGGAUUUUGGAGUUACCGCCAGCCUUUAUGAUUCGAUAAUCAAUAGACAUGGCAAAAGGAAGACCCUUGUUGGGACGCCUUGUUGGAUGGCCCCUGAAGUUAUGGAGCAAAAGGAUUACGAUUUCAAGGCAGAUAUUUGGUCAUUUGGCAUUACUGCACUUGAACUUGCUAUUGGCCAUGCACCAUUUUCUAGCCAACCUCCAGCAAAGGUUUUUCUCAUGACGUUGCAACAUGCCCCUCCAUCACUUCAUAACACAAAGGAGAAGAAGUUCACAGAUUCUUUUAAGAGUAUGAUUGCCACUUGUCUCAUUAAAGACCCAACAAAGAGACCACCUGCAAAAAAGCUAUUAAAGCACCCAUUUUUCAAAAGAGCAAAGUCAGACCAUAAUGUUGUGAAAUGUAUGCUAAAUAAAUUGCCAUCAUUGGCUGAGCGGAUGCAAUUUAUAAAGGAAAAUGAAGCGUUGCAAGCAGAUAAAAAACCUCUUGAUAAUUGCAAAGAGAAAGCAUCACAGGAAGAAUAUAGAAGAGGUGUGAGCGAAUGGAAUUUUGAUAUUGCAGACUUAAAAGCACAAGCGGCAUUGUACCCCGAUGAGAAUGAAGCGGAAGACUUUUUACGGUUUCUAUUUGAACUUGACAUUGUUGAUGAAACUACCCAGUUAAAAGAUAUUAGAGCACAAAGUCACUCUAUAAAUGAUGAUAAAAUGAAUGUUGGUGAUGAUGGCUCAGGAAAAUCAAAUUCAACAAGUCCGAUGUCUUUAUCUCAAAGUGUGAAACAGCUUGAUAAAGGAAGUCCUAAUGACCUUGUGCGCAGUGAGUCAUUUGAAAUUCAUUCCAUAUCACCUGCUAAGCAACUGACAAGAGCAGUUUCUACUUGCAAAGAUGUUGAUGAAUAUUUAGAGAAAACAGCUUUUCAGAAGGGUCGUUUCAAGGUGAUACAUGAUUAUAGCAAGAUUGAAGGAGCAACACCAAGAGAGAAGGAGUUAUUAGAACGUAUCAGUAGUUUAGAGCAAAUGCUUCUUGCUACCCAAGAUGAAGUUGAGAGGCUAAAAGCAAAGGAGUCAAAAGGAGCAGAAGGAUGUUCGCAACAACAAUAGUAGUGAAGUAUUAACUUCAUUUGUUACCUAGGUGAUGCUUGUAAUGAUAGAAAACAACUAUAGUAUGUUUUAACCACAAAAGAGUUCACUGAGUUGAUUUGGUGGACUAUCUCCUAGAAAUCAUUUGUGCAUUAUGUAUUAUUUUUCAAAUAUUUGUUAGAUAUUUUCUACUCCCUCGUUCCAAAAUAAGUGAUCUUUUAGUUUCAUCUUAAGUCAAACCAUUUAAAGUUUGGCCAAGUUUAUACAAAAAGGUACUAAGUUUUAUGAUACCAAAUAAGUGUUUUCAGAUUUAUCAUAAAAUAUAUUUUCAUAUUCUACCUAUUCGGUGUCGUAAAUAUUAAUGUUCUUUCCUAUAAAUUUGGCCAGCCUUAAAAUUGUUUUAUCUAGGACAAAUCUAAAACAUCACUUAUUUUGGGAUGGAGGGAGUAUCUUAGAUGGAUUUAUAAAUUAGAUUUGUUUUAUA